AGCACUACCUUACCUGUUAUCUCACGGUCAGUGUUAUCAGGGAUCUUUGGGACGUCCCUACACUAAACUUUAACCCAUACCUUUAACCUAACCUUAAACAUAACCCUUACCUAACUAACCAUUUACAUUUCAACUUCAAUGGGGGGUAGGGACGUCCCAAUGAUACCGGAUAGCAUGGACCGUUAUCUCACCGUGAAGGGAAAAAAAUCAAGUUCGUUCGCAAAUUCACAAUCAGCUGUGUAUGAUUGUCUCUCGCGGCCAAUGGGAUGCGAGGCAAUUAACAUCCCAACACCGAUUGAUAAAAAAAAAACUGUGGAGCUGGGGUGUUGUGAGACGACCAUUUGAAGGUGAAGUAGGUGGUGAACUCGAGACUCAAUGGACUACAGUUGAUAAGGUAUAUCGCACACAGGCUUCUAUUUCUGUACAGGUUUGUUUCCACACAGCGUGAAGAGGGACUUUCGGGAUUGAUUUUCACCCUUUAAGGAAUUGCUCAAAGAACGCUGGCGUUUGGACAUUUUCUUGCCACCCUCAAGUGUUCAGGGCAGGCCGUUCAGAAACGAUUUUCUAUCUUGCGUAAUGGGUAUAUAGACGGUAUAGACUGCAAGCGUGUCAUUGACUAUAACCAAGUGCUUGAACCACAUUGUCUGAGAUUCAAAUCAAGGAGAAUGUCGGAGCGAUCUCAGAGCCCUAUUUCGGAUUGCAACAGCCGGCCGGAUGACUUCAGCCGACCCAUGUACGCCCAGGCCUUGGGUCAAGAGGCGUUUGGCGGCACGUCGCUCCAGAUCCCUCACGGCGUUCUACAGCACCACAGUCUUCUAUUCAACAAGACUGCAUACAAUGGGUUGCCUCCAACACCUCAAACCUUUUUUCAAUUCCCACCGGCCGGUGGUGACUAUAGGGCCUCCGAUUUACAAGCCGGUGACUUUUGCCAACCCAAACACUGGUAUCCCAUCGCCGCUCCCGAAUACACCGGCCAAGUACCGAGGGUUGCAGUGACUACGCAGGCCACAAACCUGAGCCCACCCAUUGCCGAAGCCAGGGAACAAAUCAAAAUGCCUGAUAUAAAGAUUGAGAAGGAUGUCAAUGACGAGUAUGAGGUAAAGAGUCAACAGUAUCCAACUCCGUCGUCCGCUGUGGCUCACGGGGUUUACUACUCGACCCCAUGGAACCCCUCGUUUUGGCCCGGCCUUCCCCACAUCACUGCUGCGAGUUCCAAUACUCAAAACCUCAACUCCAUACCCUCAACCUCGUCUUCAACAUCCCCAUCGCUCUCGCCGUCACCCCCCAGCAAUGGGUUACCCGGGAUCACGUUCAACGGGAGCGCAAGCCAAGGUGCCCAAGCGCAAACCCAGAGCAAUGGAUCCUCCAGCGGUGGGUGCAGCGACUCCGAGGAAGAGGAGAACCCUUCAACUGAGGAGCUGGAACAGUUCGCCAAGGAGCUGAAGCACACGCGUAUAACACUGGGUUUCACACAAGCAGAUGUAGGAAUGGCUCUAGGCAAUCUUUAUGGCAAGAUGUUCAGCCAGACUACAAUCUGUCGCUUCGAAGCCCUCCAGCUCAGCUUCAAGAAUAUGUGCAAGCUGAAGCCCCUGCUUCGGAGAUGGCUGAAUGAGGCUGAGACCUCUGACAACCCCCAGGAUAUGUACAAGAUCGAGCGGGUGUUUGUGGACACCAGGAAGAGGAAGCGGCGGACCAGUCUGGAGGGUUCGGUGCGCACGGCUCUAGAGUCCUACUUUGUCAAGUGCCCCAAGCCCAACACCCAGGAGAUCACACACAUUGCAGACGACCUGUGUCUGGAGAGAGAUGUGGUGCGUGUGUGGUUCUGUAACCGCAGACAGAAGGGCAAGCGCCUGGCCCUCCCUUUCGAUGAGGAGUGUGAAGGACAGUACUACGAGCAGAGCCCACCUCCCCCGCACAUGACCCACUCCCCCCUCCCUGGGCAGGGGUACCACCUAUCCAGCCACACCGGGGCCCCCACUUUCUACAUGCCCCCCCUCCAGAGGCCAGAUGUCUUUAAGCAGGCCCUGCACCCUGGACUGGUGGGUCACCUGACCAGCUAAACGUGUUCCAGUUCUCCAAACCAGCCCUGGCCAUGUGGCCUUCCUUUUCCACCCAACAUAGCUAUUUUCUACCUCUUCAUUCCACCAGUCCCUCCCAACCCAGGAUGUCCUCCAGUCCCUCCCAACCCAGGAUGUCCUCCAGUCCCUCCCAACCCAGGAUGUCCUCCAGUCCCUCCCAACCCAGGAUGUCCUCCAGUCCCUCCCAACCCAGGAUGUCCUCCAGUCCCUCCCAACCCAGGAUGUUGUCCUCUGUAUCCAGUUCAACAACAAUGGGGAGGAAGUCAAUCGAGGGUGAAUACAGUGAAGAAAUGGAUCAAAGCUGCAAAUUUCUAGUCUAUUUGAAAGGCAAGGUAUCUUGAGACUGCUUUUGUCCCACAUGCUCUAAGUGUUCAUCGGUUUAGGGACUUGCCUCCCACCCAGUUCAGCUACAUGUAAUCUGCACAGCACUGAAUGCUCCAUCCUGCACCAUGGGGAGGGGGGGGGGGGGGGUGGCUCUGAAUAUCUGCCGUGAGAUUGUUUUUGCACAAAUUUGUCUGACCUUUUUUUGAUAUUUUUAAAAUGAGAUUUUUUUCUUUAUCUUGAAUAUCCUUGUGCUGUCUUAUUGUUGCAGAGGUUAUCAUUGUCUUACCUACAAUUUCUUUAAAGUCUUGUCCAGAAGGUAUACUCUCAUAGUGGAAGUAUGAUACAAAUACAUUUUUUGAUGUCUUAAAAAAUCCUGCUAUGUUUGUAUUGCAUAACUGUUUUUAAUCUAAUGGUAGCCAUUUUGGUAAAGGGAUUAACCAAAGUGGUACUUAUGUUAACAUGAUCAUCAGGGACCUGUAUUGUUAAUGGUUGUCACUGUUACAGCGCUGAUUACAUCAGCACUCUUAUACAAAGACUUGAUCAAAACAAAUCUGAAAUGGCCAUCCCUCGCAGGCACAAUCUAGUGCCAUGUGUAGUUGAAGUCAUUUCAUCUUGUAUGUGACUCAAAUCUCUUGACUAGAGAUAUUUACAUGCCAUGUUUUUAAAUAAAAGCGUAUUUGAUAAUUUA